AUGAAGGUUUUCAAGAAAAAUAAAUAAUAAUGUUUACAUGGUUAAAUCAUAAAAUUAAUAGAUAAUCUUGAAUGGAAUGCAAAUAGAGUCACACUUUUAGAGUAUUGUCCAAAAGAUCUUAUUUAAUAUUAGAUUGAAAAUCUUUACAUAGAUUGUAAGUGCAUAAAUCCAGAACUGAAGAUUUAAAUAUUAUGGAUUUAUAUUUCUCACAUUGAGAUACAGUUAAAUGAUCUUAAUAUUUAUUUAAUAAAUUUGCUUAUCCUUAUCAUACCAGAAAAUUAAAUGAUAGGCAAUGAUAAUAUGAUUAGGAUAAUAGAUUUUAGGAAAAGUAAAAUCUCUGAUAUGAUAAUCAAAUUCCAACUCCCAAAACUUAAUUGGAUGGUUCUCCUGAAUAUAUGGAUCCCAUUCUGUAUUUGUUAAUGUUGGAUUCUAAGAGAAAUGCGAUUUAUGGUUUAUGGGAGCAACUUUAUAUUAUAUUUUCAAAAAUUAAAUAUUGAAUAUAAAUUAAUAAGAAAUCAAUAUAUAAGCUAAGAAGAAUAAGCAUGAAGCUAAAUUAGAAAUGGUAUAGGAAAUGAUCAAUUAAUCAUUAAUUUAAUUACCAUUCGCUGAAUAAUUAAAAUAAUUAUUAGAUAAAUUAUUGAAAGUAGAUCACAAGUAAAUAUUUGGAUGGAAUUAACUAUUUAAAAAUGGAUUAAUUAAAUAAUUAUUCGAAUCAAUACUUCAAGAAUAAAUUUAACAUUAGGGUAAUAGAAAGAAACUAAUAAAAUUAUCAUUUUAAAUGAAUAAAGACUUUUUCUCUGUAGGACCCAUUUUGACUGAAACAUUAUAUAAUAUUAUUAACAAAGGAAAGUAAAGUUCUUCAACAGUUAUGGAAAUUUUUAAAUGCUUUAUUAAAAUGAAUUCAAGAAUGAAAAUUUUAUGA